AUGGCCGCCGCCUCCCGCUCCCACCGCCGGUGCAGCGCGCCGCGCCGCAGGGACGACGAGAUGGAGGUCCACCCUUCCGAGCAGGAGCUCGUCGAGACGUACCUCCGCCCCCGGGUCGUCUCCGGCGACAAGGGGUCGAGCGUGAGCGGGUUCGUCCACGAGGCCGACGUGUACUCCGCCGACCCCGCCGAGCUCACCAGGCGGUUCACGCCGGCGGUCGCGAGGAGCAACGGCGACGAGGCGUGGUACUUCUUCAGCGCCGUGAGGGGUCUCAAGGGAGGGCGCAGACGCAGGGCGCGGACGGUGGGCGACGGGGCCGGGUGGUGGCACUCGGAGGCCGGCGCCAGGCCCGUGCUCGGCGCCUCCGGCCGGAUCCUAGGGCACCGGCAGAGCUUCUCGUUCAUCACGAAGGACGAUGACGGCAAGCGUGUCCGGUCGGGGUGGCUGAUGGUGGAGUUCGGCGUCGACGACGACGAGGAGCUGGUCCUGAGCAAGGACAUCCUGAUGCCGUCCCCGCCUCGCUCGCCGCCUCCCCGGAGCCCGAGCCCGCGCCGGGAGCCGAUCGACAUGCCGGAGAUCAGGGAGUUCUUCACGCGCGGACCGUACCGCGGCUCCCCUCCGCCGCGCCCGUACUACGACCCGCCACUGAUGGCGCCCGUCGACGACGACAAGCAGCAGCAGCUCGCCAAUCAGGACGCAGAUUACAGCCACUGUGAUUAG